AUGAAGACUAUUUCUUUCUUAUUGAUAUUAUUAACUCUACUAGUUAUUAAUGAUCAAUUGGUUUUGGCUCAAUUCCAGAGUGGUACCAACUCCUACUGGGCUACAACUACAUCGUCAUCAACUACCGUCAAACCAGGAUCCACAACCUCUGCUUCCCCAUCUACAACUUCCGCCACUCCCUCUACCACCGGUGCUGCUGCUUCCACCACCUCGCCAUCGACAACCACAGUCAGACCAGGAACAACAACAUCAUCAGCAUCGACUACUCCGUCAACAACUGGAGGUACACCCAAGCCAACCAAUACAACCAGUAAUGUAUUGACUGCAGUGCUAGUGACAUUGUCACAUCUCCCGCUGACAAGCUCCUCUGUCUCGGCGUCAUCAGCAAGUGGAGGUCUAUCUGGUCAGACUCAGUCCUCUUCCAUGGCCUCCGCAUCAUCACAAUCUGCAAGUGCCUCGGGAUCUGGUGGUCAACAAUCAAGUUCCAUGUCCAGUGGAAUGUCCGCUUCUUCAGCAGCAGCAGGUGCCUCAUCGGCCAGUUCUGCAACACCAACAGCCAGUUCAACUUCACCAGGAGGUGUUGCUCCAACAUCUGCCCCGGCUGUCAACAUCCCAGACUGGGGAGACCAAUCAUGGUAUAACUCUCUAGGAAACAGGAUACAUGUGCCACAUUCCAUCUUGUUGAUGAUCUUGAUCUUGAUUGUGGUUCAAUGA